AGUUUGGUGCUUACACUGUUAAAAAAAUGGGCCUAAUUGGAAAUUUAUUUGUUGAAAGUUCUUUUUUUUAGGAGUUGGCUCUUAAUAGUAGUCCAAUAAGUAGUAAGAAUGUCCAUGGAGCUGCUCUGAGUCUGGUAAAGGCUUGCGCUACGAACAGCCUUCGGCUCUAAUCGGAAGUAUUCGGCUAUCUGCCACCAUUUUGUACUGCUUCCUGGACUUCCGGGUUUCUCAGAACUGGGAUCUCUGCUGAAGCCCUAAAGCAGUGGCUUCCCUAAACUCACUUUUUCUGGACUAAAGGUUUACAGAGCAGGAGAUUUUAGUAUGCCUGUUGCGCCUAUAUUUCGUUAGUGUUUAGUUCUGAGUGAGAAGUUUAUUGUAGUUUCAUUUACUUUUUCACCACCACUGCACUCAAGUGGAUACCAUGAAGCUCCGGGUCGUUAACGUUAGUUAUUUAGUUUGCAGGUUUUUUUUGUAACUGGUCUGUCCGUGUGUGUGUGUGUGUGAGUUUGAAAGUACCGGAGUACAAACCGGUUUGUUUCAAUGCUGUUGGAGACCCGAAUCGCUGAAUAGCCGCAGAGCUUUUGUGAGCAGAAACAUAGCUGCUGAGACUGAGGUGAUAGUCACCAUUCUUGGAGAAACAGCAACAUGCCUAUUCCUCCACCACCUCCUCCUGGACCUCCACCUCCCCCUUCCUUCAGCCAGGCAAACACUACCCCUCCCAAGCUGUCACGUGAUGAAGCUAAAGGAAGAGGAGCCCUGUUGUCAGACAUAUGCAAAGGGGCCAAGCUGAAAAAAGUCACAAACGCCAAUGACAGAAGUGCACCUAUUCUUGAGAAACCUGGAGGGGGCGGCGGCGGCGGCAGCAGUAGUGGAGGAGGAAGUGGAGGGGGCUUUGGUGGCAGUUCGGGACCGAUGCCAAUGGGAGGCCUGUUUAGUGGAGGAGUGCCUAAACUUCGUCCAGUGGGAGACGGGACCGCUGGCAGAGCAGCACUGCGGCCUCCAGGGUCACGUCCUGCUUUGCCCCGUCCUACGAGCCAACAACCCAAUGAUGAGCGCUCCUCACCCCCUGAGCAACCUAGGAAUUCCCGCCCAUCCCUACCUGACAUUUCCAAACCGGGCGGCGGCAGCACUCCGAAACCCAACAGCUCUGCCCCUCCUCCCCCUCCGCCUUUCAAUCGACGUGGCAAUAACCCUCCUCCCACCCCCAGUCAGAGCUCUGGCCGCUCUUAUGGGCAAGAGAAGCCCCUCCCACCACCGAGUGUAAACAGAGCCCCUCCUCCCCCAUCACCUGCACGUGAUGUACUGUCAAAACCUUCUUCUCGCUCUUCACCUGUGCUUUCUUCAUCGCUACCACCCCCUCCUCCUUACCGACAGCCCCCUUCAGUGGCUAAUGAUGAUCCACCCCCUGAGUUGCCACAGAGGCGGAACUCGCUUCACAAGAGAACCAAUGGGAAUGCUCGUAGCCAAGCACCACCCCCACCACCGCCCCCACCCCAACAAAGCAGCCGACCACCACCGCCAGCUCGAGAUCCUCCAGGACGCCGACCAGCCUCCCAAGCUCCCCCCUCUGCAUCCCGGAACGGGACUCGUGACGCUCCCCCUCCUCCUCCUCCCCCGGCCCGUGUGCAAAGUGGUAGCUCUCAAAAUUCUCACGAGAGCCGAGGGAGACCCCCACCACCCGUCUCUUCCAGUCGCCAACUCUCAUCACAUCCACCUCCACCUCCACCUGUGCGCAAUGGACACACGUCUGUCCCUAAGGCUUACGCUGAUGAGUUUGAGUCCAAGUACUCCUUCCAUCCUGUUGAGGAUCUGCCACCCCCUGAAGAGUACAGACAGUUCACAAAAAUAUAUCCCAGUAAAAGCAAUAAAGCCAUGAUACGAGGAGCUCCCCCUGCACCACCUGUUGGGAGAUGAUCUGUACUCAAAGAGGAAAACGGCUAAACCUUUUGAAUCUAGUUAUAUACACACACACACACACACACACACACACACACAAACAAACAC